CAUUCACCACAUCAUUCAUUAGCAUAUUCUUUUCCGGUUCCGUAUUCACCUCAUCGUUGUCGAGAGAAAGCUAGCAGCCAUGUCUGGAAGAGGUAAAGGAGGAAAAGGUCUCGGAAAGGGAGGAGCAAAGCGCCACCGCAAGGUUCUGAGAGAUAACAUCCAGGGUAUCACGAAGCCCGCCAUUCGCCGUCUCGCAAGGCGUGGUGGUGUCAAGCGUAUUAGCGGCCUCAUCUACGAGGAGACACGUGGCGUCCUCAAGAUCUUCCUUGAGAACGUCAUUCGUGAUGCCGUUACCUACACUGAGCAUGCUCGCCGCAAGACUGUCACCGCCAUGGAUGUUGUCUACGCUCUCAAGAGGCAGGGAAGGACACUCUACGGAUUUGGAGGCUAAACUCUUCAGAAUUGGGAAUUUGUUAUCACUAUGUUAGAAUUAGGGUUUAUUUGCGUCUUCUUUCUAUUAUGCUCUGUUUUUUGUCGAUAAUUGUAUUGUGGAUUAGAUUUCCAAUUAGGCUCUUUAAUUUGUCUACGGAUUGUUUCGACGAACUCAAAUAUCUCGCAAAUUUAUAGUCCUAGUUAAAUCUUGCAUCUAAUUCAAUAUCAUUUUCGAAACAGCUCAGACUUGUAGCUCUGGCUCUGUUAAAUUCGUUAUACAGAGUAUUGUGAAUGCAGAAUAUAAGUUAGCGUAGCUGUUGCUAUCCCCUAUUGAAUCCAUCUUGAGGUUCUGUAUUCGAUUUGAAUUGAAUGAGAAUGUUUCGUUAAAUA